AUGAAAAGACAAAAAUCUCUGGUCAAACAGAGUAACAACACCAGUGGAGAACUUACCGUUCAGUCUCGUACUGUGCAAAAACAAGCGUCCACGAGGUUGCAAAAAAAAGUUUCAAAUAAAAUUGUUGGAAACAAAGUCAGCAAUGAUUGCAAAUUGAAAGCGGAGAAACAGCUGAUAAAAAAGUCAUUUUUCAUGAUGAGCAACAUUCAGCGAUGCCACCGUGAUGAUGUUGUUGAAUACUUGCCAACCAAUGGAAUCAAGUCCACAAUGUUCAGAGUGUGUGUCGAAAGUUGUGACGCCAGCAAGAUGAAAGAUCCUGACAUCAUUUUGAAGCACAUCAUCGUUCGUGAGUGGCGCUUCAACCAGAAAAAACCCGAAGAAACCAUCACUGAAACAUGGCUUAAUGAUAGUACAGAAGAUUUGAUUUGUAUGAACGGUUUCAAAUUCAUCGGAAAAAAUCGAUUGAGCAAACACGGUGGAGGAGUAGGAUUCUACGUAAGCAAUAACUUGACCUUCAAGACAAGAAAUGAUUUAAACAAGUUGGGAGGUCUAGAUUUUGAAACUUUCGCAAUUGAAUUAAAGACUGACCCUUCAACCAAAAAUUUCGUCAUUGUUGUAUUAUACAGACCACCCAGUUGCAACGCGAUCUAUUACCUGCAGCAAUUAGAAAUUAUAUUGCAACAAAUAGACGUUGAAAACAAGCAUGUUGUUAUCACAGGUGAUCUCAACAUUGAUAUGAGUGACACGAACGAUGAUGUUAACAAAAUGUAUUUAUGUCAACUUUUUACCUGCUACAGUUUUGAUCAGUUAAUAACGCUUCCAACAAGAAUCAGUGUUGAAAGGCAAUCAAUCAUCGACUGCUUUUUCACAAACUUUCCGCAACAGGUAGCGUUAUGUGGUGUGCACGUUCAUGAUAUAUCGGACCAUCUGCCCAUCACUGUCACUAUCAGUUUUUCCAUUAACAAAAAUAAGUCCAAAUACGUAAAGAAUCAACAAAUCUACUCCUUUUCAAAAAGUAGAAUAAACAAACUUAAUGAAGCUUUAUGUAUCAACGAUUGGUCAGAUGUUUUGUUAUGCAAUGAUGUAAAUGAUGCUUUCAAACUUUUCAUUGACCUAUUUAAAAAACUUUUCGAUGACUGUUGCUUAAUGGGAAAUGUCAAAAAAUCUAGAAAUUUUCUCUGUAACAAACCAUGGAUUACAAAAGAAUUUAGUAUUUUACUCAAAAAUAAAAAUUCUUUAUAUAAAAAAUUUCUCGAAAAUCCAACCGUGAUAAGAUACACGAAAUUUAAAUCAAUUGCCAAACGUUGCUCAAAUCUCAACAAUAAGCUAAAAAAACAAUACUUCAGUGACUUGUUUCAACGAACAAAAAAUAACAGCAAAAAACGUGGUCGAAUAUUUUAA